GUGCCAUCACUUGUAACAAGCGGACGCUUUUGACCAAAAUUGUGUUGAUUUGUUUAACAUUUAAUGGUAUAGGCCCAAAUACACAAAUCAGGAUCCAGUCAAAUACUUACCAUGAUGGCGCGUCGCGGGGGAAAGCGCAUACGGAUGGAUGAUCCGCCUCCGGAGUACGAGGAAUUGCAUAGCGAUGCUCUGAACGAAAGCACUUCGGAUGCGGAUAGUCCCACCAAGCGGAUGACCAGGUUGCGGGCCCGGGGCGGAGUACGGGACAAACCCCCAAUAAUUGAUGACGACGAGGAUGACUUUUUCGCGCCAAUAGCACGCAAACGAAAGACUCCAGCCACCCGUAAGGGACCAACCGAGCGCAAGGAACGCGUUGACCGGCCGCGCAAGGAACCCGUGGACAAGGGACACCACGAGCGGAUCGACAAUGAGCGGGAGAUAACCACGGACGAGAACAGUCUCUACUACAUUGUUCGCCAUUCCAAGAAUCCCAUUGCCAGCAUAGUGGACCAGUGGAUUGAGCAGUACAAAGCCAACCGGGAAACAGCGCUGGUCGCACUGAUGCAGUUUUUCAUAAACGCCAGCGGCUGCAAGGGCAAGAUCUCAGAGGAUAUACAGUAUCCAGUGGAUCACACAGCUAUCAUCCGACGUAUGACUGAGGAGUUUGACGAGGAAAGCGGAGAAUAUCCUUUGAUCAUGACCGGAACACAGUGGCGAAAGUUCAAAAAUAAUUUCUGCGAUUUUGUGCAAACUCUGGUUAAGCAGUGCCAGUACUCCAUCAUCUACGACCAGUUUCUGAUGGAUAACGUAAUUUCCCUGCUUACUGGACUGUCGGAUUCGCAGGUGCGAGCCUUUCGCCACACGGCCACUUUGGCGGCCAUGAAGCUGAUGACUGCGUUGGUGGAUGUGGCCCUACUCGUUUCAAAUAACUUCGACAAUGCUGCGAAACAAUUUGAAGCUGAACGCGUAAAGUCUCGCGAUCGCCGUGCCUCCGACCGCUUGGAUUCACUAAUGACUAAAAGGUCCGAAUUGGAAGAGAAUAUGGACGAAAUAAAAAGCAUGUUGACCUACAUGUUUAAGUCUGUGUUUGUCCACCGAUACAGAGACAGUCUGCCAGACAUACGCGCCAUUUGCAUGGCUGAGAUCGGCAUUUGGAUGGAGAACUAUCCGCAAAACUUCCUGGACGACUCGUACUUAAAGUACAUCGGUUGGACACUCCACGACAAGAUCGGGGAGGUGCGUCUGCGCUGUCUGCAGUCGUUGCUGCCGCUAUACGAGAAGGAGGAGCUCAAGGGUAAACUGGAGUUGUUUACGUCCAAGUUUAAGGACAGGAUUGUGGCCAUGACCCUGGACAAGGAGUUUGAGGUGUCCGUUCAUGCCGUCAAGCUGGUGAUCAGUAUUCUAAAAAUCCACCCAGAGAUUUUGGCUGACAAGGAUUGUGAAAUCGUCUACGAGUUGGUUUAUUCCUCUCAUCGUGGUGUGGCUCAGGCAGCCGCCGAGUUCUUAAACGUUCGCUUGUUCCAUUUAACUGCUGACAUGGAGGAGACUAAGACCAAACGUGGCAAACUACGCAUGCCCAACACACCGCUGGUUCGGGACUUGGUGCAGUUCUUCAUCGAGUCUGAGCUUCACGAGCAUGGCGCUUAUCUCGUGGACUCCUUCAUAGACAGCAAUGACAUGGUUAGGGACUGGGAGUGUAUGACGGAUCUGCUGCUGGAAGAGCCUGGUCCCAACGAGGAGGUCCUCGACAACAAGCAGGAGUCGACGCUCAUCGAGAUCAUGGUCAGCAGCGUUAAACAAUCAGCCACUGGAGAAAUCCCGGUCGGACGCGCUAGUAACCGAAAAUUUACGCUUAGUGCCAAGGAAUUAAAGGCUAUUCAAGAUGAAAAGGCCAAGUUGACCGAACAUUUUAUUGUCACUUUGCCAUCGCUGUUGGAAAAGUAUCAGGCGGAUAGCGAGAAGCUGGCAAACCUCCUAGCAGUUCCCCAGUACUUCGAUCUCAAUCUGUACACCACCAAUCGACAGGAAGGAAACCUACAAGCUUUGCUAGAUCGUAUCAAUCAGGUGAUGAGCAUGCACACGGGCCGCGAGGUGCUAGAAACAUGCGCAAAAACGCUUGAAUGUCUAUGUGCCGAGGGAAGUGCCACCUACACUAGAUGCAACAUCGCCAGAUCUAACAUAAUCGAGAGUGCGGUAAACAAGUACAAGGACGUCAUUGAGGAGUGGCGAAACCUCAUUCAAGGCGAAGAGACCCCUAACGAGGACGACAUUUACAACAUAACCAUUACCCUCAAGGUCCUCUCUAUCUUGUACUCCUCGCACAACCUCAAUCCCUGGGAGCUGUUCAAGUCCCUGUUUCAAGACGUCGAGGAGGCGCAGUCCAAGGAGAACGUUGACCGGUGCCUGCCCAACGAAGCAUUGGCCUAUUGCAUAGAGGCCUGCUACUUCUCAAUCAGCUGGGGACUCUACUUCGUGGAGAACGACUGCGAGACGCUCAAUGUGGCCGCGGUGGUUGCCGAGCUGCGAAGCAAUUUAGACACAUUCAUGGCAGCCUGCUUUGAGCUAACCCGCGAUGGACCCACAGUGCAGAUUCAAGAGGCGGCAUAUCAGUCCAUCUGCGAUCUUCUGAUCAUCUUCUCUGACAAGUUGGCUCGGAGUGAAAUCGAACAUAUUCGUGGUUUGGAGUACAAGUCGCGAAUGGAUGAGCAUCUCAUCUUGGACAACUUUGUGCAGCACUAUGUGUUUUCGCUAAAACAAGAUGUGGCCCAGGAUGAAACGAGAAUCGAGGAACUGCAUAAAAAACGUAACUUCUUGGCAUGUUACUGCAAGUUGGUAGUGUAUAAUAUAAUACCAACAAUGCGAGCUGCAAGCAUUUUUAAAUAUUAUGUCAAGUGCUACAACGAUUAUGGUGACAUAAUCAAAGCCACUUUGGGCAAGGCUCGUGAGAUAAACAAAGUUAACUUCGCCAUGACCCUACUGUUGAGCCUCAUUACGGUUUUUAAGAGUCUGCAGGAGCAGAAUGAGGAUGGAAUGGUUUCAAAGAGCUCACAAGAGUUUGGGGACCUCAAAGAGUUGGCCAAGCGUUUUGCUCUUACAUUUGGCUUUGAUGCUAUUAAGAAUCGCGAAUCAGUGGCCGCCAUUCACCGAGGUGGCAUUUAUUUUGCGGCCAACAAGGAACCUGAUGAUCCAGUGCGAGCCCCAACACGUCUUCUGUUUUUAGAGGUUCUGAACGAGUUCAACUACAAGCUGCUUAAGCAAGACAAGAAGGUUAUCAUGGGUUUCCUGGAUAAGAUCAUACCGCCCGCCAUGCCAUCCAGCAGAGCUGAGGAAUGGCAACCGCUGAUCUUAUAUCGCAAUUCCCUUCUGCAUGGCGAAACGGAUCAAGUGCCGGUCGCCAGCAAGAGGGCCUACACACGUAAACGUCGGGAUCAUGAUGAGGAAGAAGAGGAGGAGGAAGACGAAGAAGAACACAAUGAUCCCGAUUACAGGGGCUAGGACCCGAUCGGACCCAUUCGGCUAAGGGCAAAGCAAAACUUUCCGUGCGAUCAAGUAGUUUUAAGUUUAAAGCUUAACAUACAUAUGUACAUAAAGUAUUUAAAGUGUA